UCGUGAGUUCAAACAUAAGUUGAAGGAUGAAACCAAUUGUUGUAACAUUUGUGCUUAUGGCACUUCUACUUUUUAGCUCUUCUCUCCUUCAAACCACCAUAGCUGGUUCGAGUUUUUGCGACUCAAAGUGUGGGGUGAGGUGCUCAAAGGCUGGAAGAAAAGACAGGUGUCUAAAGUAUUGUGGAAUAUGUUGUAGAGAUUGUAAGUGUGUGCCAUCAGGAACGUAUGGGAACAAAGACGAGUGCCCUUGUUAUCGGGACAAAAAGAAUUCUAAAGGUGGUCCGAAAUGUCCUUAAUUCAACCACUUACAUAUUCUUCAUUGGAUAUUUUAUAUGACGUUGAUAUAUACUAAUAUAAGUUAUUUUAGAUGAUGCAUGGUUGUUGGCUAUAUUAUUUCAUAUCAUGUCUUCGACAAGAUUAAAUAUUGUAAUUGUUGUU